AUCUGUGAUCUGUCAUUUCUUGACUCUACUAAACGUCAAAUGCGGUAUCCAAAAUUUGAUUCCCAACAUUGAUUGUUUUCUAGGUAUAUAUAACUAAAAUUAAAUGGUAAUAUAUUUUCUUGAUUAUAAGACAUUUUAGUUUGCUUCAAAAAUGGGUGAUACAGAUGAUUUUUUCGAUGGUGACGGGACAAUGGAAUCAUUACCAACAUCACCUGAAGUCACCUACAAUUGGGUUGAUAUAACUACAGAUUUUUUUAAAAACAUUCAAGAUCUUCAGUUAGGUGAACUGUUGCAUGAUGGACAUCUAUUUGGGUUAUUCGAGGCGAUGUCCGCCAUUGAGAUGAUGGACCCCAAAAUGGAUGCUGGAAUGUUAUGUAAUAGAGGCAAUCCAAAGCCCUUAAACUUUCAGCAGGCUGUAUUGAGUGGGAAAUUAAAAAUUGACGACUUAGAACCAAGUGAGAUCAUAGGAAUAAUAGACGCGACAGUGGCUUGCAUUGUUUCUUGGUUGGAAGGCCACUCUCUAGCACAAACAGUAUUCACUAAUGUAUAUUUACACCAGCCUCAUUCAAUCAUCAACAAUCCUUUGAAAGCAUAUUGCAUCGCUGUCUACAAACUCCUGGAUUGUAUAAGAGAUUGUAUAACAAAGGCACAAGUAUUUGAAGAGGAAGAUUUUCUCCCCAUGGGCUAUGGUUAUCGUCUAGGUUCAAAUCUACAAUCAGGAAACCAACAUGAUGCUAGCUUAGAAGUCAGUGAACAAAAGUGUAUAUCGAUGUUACGUGAACAGGAAGAAGAGCUGAAUAAAAAAGCUAGAAGUCAAGAGGAUGAGGCUAAUAACUUAUGGGCUGCAUUAGCGGCUCGGAUUCGAUUUACGAGAAUGUUCUACCAAGCUCUGCUUUUAAUAACAAAGAGAGAUUCCCAGUCUGGUGCGGAUUGUGUUGCUCUGUUGAACGGCUGCUCUGAAAUGAUGAAGGUGAUCAUAAAGACGGCCAGUAAAGGAACCCAACCGCUUGAAAACCAUAUACCCAACCCAAUGGGUUUUGAGCCAAUGAUAAACCAACGCCUCCUGCCGCCAACGUUUCCGCGAUACACGCGCAUCAAGCCAAGACUCGAAGCGUUGCAGUACUUCGACGAUCUCGUCACGAGACUCCGACACGCGUGGAAGAUUAAAUCCUGUACAAAUUUUCACACCGCCUUGGAUUUUUUCAUGGAAUUUAGCCGUCAACGUGCGUGUAUACUAUCUAGAUCUGCUCUACAGUUGCUAUACUUGAGUCCAUCUCCAGCGAUAACCGCGUCUAUGGCUCAGAGUAAUGUCAAUAGUCCUCAAGGACGGCAGAGACCUCAGCAUGCGUUUAUUGAAAUCCUGAGAGAGUCUGUAAAGUCAUUUGUAAAUCCACCGGCGCUAGCCCUGAAGUCUACUAUUGGACCGAAUCCACCAGCGCGCGAGUUCGUGGAGAACUUCCUGGUGCGCUGCGUGCGGCCGUUCGCGGUGCUGGUGCAGGUGUGCGGGCACAACCGCGCGCGGCAGCGGGACAAGCUGGCGCUGCUGCUCGACGACUUCGCCGCGCUGCAGGAGGAGGCGGAGAGCGUGGACGCGCUGGUGAGCGGCGCGGCGGGCUCGGCUCCACGCGCGUGCUUCGGCACGUGGAUCCUGUACCACGUGCUGCGCGUCAUGAUCGCCUACCUGCUGUCCGGCCUCGAACUCGAGCUGUACAGCGUGCACGAGUAUCACUACAUCUUCUGGUACCUGUAUGAGUUUCUGUACGGUUGGCUGGUGUCGGCGCUGGGCCGGGCCGAGAACCUGUCGGGGGAGCGAAAGGACCCCAAACGUAUCGCAGCUCGCAAGAAGAAACGCAGCCGACCGUACGCCAGGGAGGGCCUCAUGUGUCAGGUCAUGCAGAACAUGUGCGGCGGGUACUUCAAGGCUCUAGUCGCUUUUAAACUGCAAGGAAAGAUCCGCCAGCCGCAGUCCGAGUUCGAUAACGAAGCGGUCCGCUACAAGCAUAGAUUCGCCCCGCUGUCAGUCCUCACGCCCCCGCAGGUUCAUUACCACGAGUUCUGUGAAAUGACGCAGCCAUUUCAAUAUGAAAAUCCUAUAAUUCUGUACGUAGCUGGAUGUAAACAUUUCCAGCAAGCGAGAACGUUCUUAGAGACGGUAACAACACCGGACCAGGAGGUAACGGAUCUUCUGAAAGUAGCAAAAACGAAUUUUGUAGUUUUAAAAUUACUGGCCGGCGGUCAUAAGAAGGAUUCGACGACGCCUCCUGAAUUUGACUUCUCGGUGCAUAGACAUUUUCCUAUAAUUAAAUUAGUGUAAUAUAUUCAGCAAGAUAAACAUUUAACAUUUUUAUAGAUACGAUUUUAUAGACGGAGAGUAAUUUCAAUUUGAGACGAUAAUUUAUAUUAUAAUUUUAUAAUUUUAUUAUAAAAUAUGAAAUUAUUUAUGAUUAUGAAGUUUUAGUUGAAUCACCUAAUGUUUAUUGGAAGGUGUAACUGUACAUACCGUAUUAGUAACG